AUGAUGUUUCCGCUUCACCACAAGGUCAAAGCAACAGAGCCAGGAGACCAUGGACUGACACCUCCAAAACCACACACCACAAUAAAUCUUUACCUUGAUGUUCUCAGGUAUUUGGCCACAUACCUGAGGCUCGCAGGCCCCGGCUGGUCCUGCCUCUUCUCCUUCGUAGUGUCCCAGUGUGGCCGGGAGGGGGCUGGCGGUGAGCUGGACCUCGUGUGCCAGCGCCUGGACAGAUCUGAGGCUAACCGCCUCCACUGCCUGGGCCCACUCAGGGAGCGCCUCACUGUUUGGGCAGCCAUGGAUUCCAUCCCAGCCCCGGCCUCAGUUCAGGGACACGACGUGACCGAAGAUGCCAGGAACCCUGAGGCUUGGCAGAAUAGGGGAGACUAUUCCGAAGGAGAUGCACUGGUGUCACAGCCACAGACAGUGCUGGAAGAGGCAUCAGAUGCCCUGGCAAACAGCCAAGGACAGUCACUCCCAGGACCCUGGAGCGAGCAGCCAGCAGAGUGGGAAGUGAGGAAGCAACACCAUCUUCCAAAUAGAGAGCCUGACCAGGCCUUGCCUGCCUCUGCCAGCCGGAAGCAUCUGGAGAAGAAACGUCCAGCAACAGAAGACACUGAAGAACUAGAAGAAAAGAGGCUCAGAGUUCUGUCUCCAGCUCCAACUCUCCCGCAGGGGCUGUCCAGUCAGGACUUACAGGAAGACUGGGGGCAAGAAGAUAAAGAUGAAGAAAUAGGCCCCAGGGUGGUACAUAGUCCUUCCACUCAAGCAGGUUCUGAAUCCUCCAGCCCCGAAGAGGUGCCGGAUUACCUCUUGCAGUACAGGACCAUCCGCAGUACAGAACAGCAGCGGGCCUAUGAGCAAGACUUCGAGGCAGAUUAUGCGGAGUACCGCAUCCUCCAUGCCCGGGUUGGGGCUGCCAGCCAAAGGUUCAUAGAGCUGGGAUCAGAGAUCAAGAGAACUCAGCCAGGAACUCCGGAACACAAGGUCCUGGAAGAGAAGAUAGUCCAGGAAUAUAAAAAGUUAAGAAAGCGGUACCCAGGGUACAGAGAAGAAAAGCACCGCUGUGAGUACCUGCAUCAGAAAUUGUCACACAUAAAAAGUCUCAUCCUGGAGUCUGAGGGAAAGAACUGGGGCCACUGACACCAUCACUUGGCCCUCUGUCCAGUGAGAUAGGAACGAAGGAGCUAUAAACUGUUCUUAUGCUGACCACUUGAAUCCAUGGUAGCAAGUAGAGACCUGCUCUAGGUUCUUAAGGUGUGAUAGUUACUGUUGCUGUACUUUAAUUUUCUAGUGUGGGCAGUGCCAAGGCUCGUCAGCUGUGUCCCGGAGAGGAGGCACAAUAGCAGAGACUUGGCUUUUUCAUCAUUAGUUCAGCCAAGUUAUUUCCAAAUCCUGGGAAAUGAGAUCAUUUCCAAGACAAGAUACCUUGAGGAAAUUAGAACUAGGUGAAUUUAACCUAGUUGCCUCCAAAGAAAAAAAAUGAGAGCUUUUAUUAGGUCAAAAGUAACUUGUAAGCCAAAUGUGGUGGCACAUGCCUAUAAUCCGAAUACUUGGAGGCUGAGGUAGAUGA